CGCAGGAACAGCUGGUACCUCGGAAGGCGGCCGGCGAGCGGACAGGCGUGGGGUGCUGGUGGCCGGCCGCGCCACGCUGCAGGAGCAACCGCCGCCGCCUUGCACCACUGCACCAUGGCCGGCCAGCUGGAGCGUUGCGAGCGCGAGUGGCACGAGCUGGAGGGAGAAUUUCAGGAAUUGCAGGAUACUCACAGGAUCUACCGGCAGAAGCUGGAGGAGCUGACCGCACUCCAGGCUUCGUGCAGCAGCUUCAUCAACAAGCAGAAGACACGACUGAAGGACCUGAAGCACACACUCCAGAGGUACAAGCGCCAUGCCAGUCGGGAGGAGGCAGAGCUCGUUCAGCAGUUGGGCGCCAGCAUCAAGGAGCGGCAGAACAUCUUCUUUGACAUGGAGGCCUACCUGCCCAAGAAGAACGGGCUCUACUUAAAUCUGGUUCUCGGCAAUGUGAAUGUGACCCUUCUCAGCAACCAGGCCAAAUUUGCCUACAAGGAUGAGUAUGAGAAGUUCAAGCUCUACCUGACCAUCAUCCUGCUCCUGGGUGCUGUGGCAUGUCGAUUUGUCCUUCACUACAGGGUGACAGACGAAGUCUUUAACUUCCUGCUGGUAUGGUAUUACUGCACCCUGACGAUUCGGGAGAGUAUUCUCAUCAGCAACGGCUCGAGAAUCAAAGGCUGGUGGGUGUCUCACCACUACGUGUCCACGUUCCUGUCUGGAGUGAUGCUGACCUGGCCCAACGGACUAAUUUAUCAGAAGUUUCGCGAUCAGUUUUUAGCGUUCUCCAUUUUUCAGAGCUGUGUCCAGUUCCUGCAAUAUUAUUACCAGAGGGGCUGCCUCUACCGGCUGCGGGCCCUAGGGGAGAGGAAUCACCUGGACCUCACGGUGGAAGGAUUUCAGUCCUGGAUGUGGCGAGGCCUCACCUUUCUUCUGCCCUUCCUGUUCUGUGGCCACUUCUGGCAGCUCUACAAUGCCAUCACGUUAUUCGAGCUCUCCAGCCACGAAGAAUGCAGAGAAUGGCAGGUGUUCGUGUUGGCGCUUACGUUCCUUGUCCUCUUCCUCGGCAAUUUCCUGACCACACUCAAAGUCGUGCAUACCAAACUCCAGAAGAACAGAAGCGAGGCCAAGAAGCCGUGAGCCACGGGGCCGGCGCCCCUCGACCCCCGGACUUUGAGACUGCAGGGGAUCCCAGGCGACACCCUCGCGGCCGGGUUCCUCCCAACCAGUGCCAGUGGCCACUGGCAGCAGUGACCUCAGGGGCCAGCGGCAUUGCUGGGAGCAGAGCCGAGGCCCGGGUCCCCGGCCGGACAAGAGGAAUGUGACCCCAGCCUGUCCGUGCAGUGUUAGCCCGCCCCAGCCUCCCUAUUUAUGACACAUUUAACAUCGGCCCACCCCCUUCCCUAGAAUCUGCCGCCCUCUCCCCCGCUGCCCCCUCUCCGCGACACUGCGUCGGUCUUCCUGGUGGGUGGGAGAGGCUUAGCCUCAGGGUCCCCCUCUGUCCCCCAUCCUGUCGUUUGAGCCCCUCAGGUUGGGCUUCGGACGUGCCUCGCUGGGGUUGGGUUUACGCUGACCUGCCACUUGCUGAGUCCCAGGCGGGUGGAAGGAAGCCCUUCCGUGUCCCAGGGAGCCUCCCUCCCCGGGGCCCCGCCUCUGCUGUACGCUCCCGGCCUCCGCGCCUCCGCCGCGCGCGCGGGUGUUCAGGUUCUCGGAGGACCGCUGUCCGUCUCUUUGUGCCUCGUGCUCUUUGUGCUUCCUGAGACUGCAGCCUGCUGGCCGCCAGGCGGCCCUGCCUCCCACAGGCCCAGGCCUUGGCCUGAGGAGGGAGGGUUUUCUGAGGGUCACCACCGGAGGGCGCCCCUGCAUCGUCUGGCUGGUGUGAGGGCU